AUGGUAAUGCAGACUGGGAUAGCGAAGGAAGAAUGGGUUGAUGGAAGACAAAGAAGUACGCUCAGCGUGCCGUGGUUCGAUGGUGUCCACCGGGAAGUCAUAGGAAACGGACUCGAGAGCGUCAAAGGAAACAGUUUAACUACAAGUGCGCGCAUCAGUUCAGAUACUUCUGUCACAGCUGUUCUGAAUGUUGCGACCACUAGCUCUGAACGAGUGGCAACCUUAACGCAGGAAACUGAUUGGUCGAAGAGCUUCAUUCAUACCCAAGCAGGAAGGCCAGAUAUUCACCCUUCAUCAUCACCAUUGCGUAUUGAACAGCCUAUCGAGGUAGCGUCUCCACACGGGUACCUUCCUCUACAGCGGCAGUGUGGGAUAGCACCUGCACAGCACCUGCACAGGUCAGUGUGUAUGUGUGGGAUAGCACCUGCACAGGGACCUGAGGGCCUAGACACAGUAGUCCCUACAGCUACUCUGAGACCCAUCACAUCGGUUCCCCAGAUCAGCAGCAGUCAGCUUGCACAGCUCCUGUUGCUACGACAACUUCCCGGUCUUGGGAAGCAGCUUAUUACAAGACAGCAAGAGACAUCUUCAAGAAGUACCAGUGGUUCUCAGCCCAUUCCUCAGCAGUUGAUGGUCAUCCCCCAGCAGCUGAGGCAGGACAACAUCAGACGACAGCUGCUUCUGCUGCAGACGUACAGCAGACUGCGGCAGCAGACGGCCCUUUCCAUCCACGGGCCAGGGACCGCCACUCACAGCCCCUCUCCACUCACAGGGCAGGAGUUGUCUGCCCCUAGCCCGGGUCCAACUGGGGAACUCACACACCCAGGCCACAGGGUCGUACAUACGCAGGAUUCUCUACCAGGGUAUCGUGAAGCUGUGAAUAUGGAAAGAGUCAGGCAUAUGUCAGAUGUUCAUCCUUUAAUAAACACUUGUGCAGACCUGUCACUAUCAUCUGACCUGAUGGAUGCCAGUAUUUAUGCCUCUAGCCCUAAUUCCCUGUACAUGUAUGAUCAAGAAAAAAUGGAUAUGCAAUGCACUAUGGGAAUAAACUCCACAUGCUGUACGACGCUGGACACAUCGUCCCUUAGUGAUGAUUUUGAUCUGAACUCCCAGUACGAGAUGUCCCAUGACAUCAGCAGUUUUCAGGUAGACCCCGUCACAGUUUCCAACAGUCAAGUUCCCAGAUAUAAUGUGUCCUCAACCAGCCUAGCAAGUGCUGGCUCAUGGAGUGUUAUUGGCAAAACAGAUGAUCUUACGCAUGAGGACGUCUAUGUCUCCACGACUGACGAACGAAAAACACCGACACUCGCAGAACUGAACUUUGAACUGUUAGAUGACAUUGAUUCCUACAUCAACAACCAAGGAGGAAGUGUUCUGAAAGUUGAAGCUGAGGAAACAAACCAGUUGAAAAGUCCUGGGCUAACCUCUCCCGGACUGUCAUUGCUGUUGUCCCAGCCUCCUCUAAAUCAACCACAGUUUUCCCAGAAAUCUGUUGUGAUCAAGACAGAACCAGUCGAUUCUGGUUCUAGUGUUGAGAGAACAGUAACUUUUCCGAGAUCUUUCUCUUCCAUGAAACCAGUGAAAAUGGAAAUGAUUCAACCCAGUGCUAAACCACUUGGCACUAUUAAAGAAUUGGACAUUUCAGACAAUACUAUGCUUCAGCAACUCCUCAAUAAGCCACUACAAUCAAGGACUCAGCGCCGGAGAACGGUCUCAGAAACACAGGCAUCGGAAAAGAAAGGUGGAUUAAAUGUUCGUAAGCGCACCUUUGGCACUAUGGGUCCGGAAGGCAUGGAUGAGAAAUGGGAGGAGAUCAAACAGUUCUUGGAAAUGGAGUCGAGAAUGGCAACAGAAUCAUUCAACUUUACUCCAACUCCGCCUGUGAAAAGAGAGAGAACAAGAUAUGACUCUACGAGUUCAGUGAUGACCUUGACCUCUAAUGAUGAUGAUGACAGCGACACUGACAAGGAUUAUGACGAUGACUCAGAUUCAGAUUUUGAAGGGGGCCAUGAUCUUGACCCUUCCAACCCUGGAGAGAGUCUGAUAGGGGCCAAGGACAAGCAGUACUUCUGGCAGUACAAUGUUCAGUCCAAGGGGCCAAAGGGGACCAGGGUCCACUUUGAUAUGGAGGAGGACCCACAUGUGCUUAAUGAUUUCGAAGACCCUGUUUUUGACCCUUCAAAUAGCAGUAGUUUAACAGGCAUUGGGGUGUCUGUAAAACAUGGAGGAAAGGCACGGAAAGGGGACGGUAACGACAUUGUUCCCAGUCCAAAGAAACUGUGCCAGAUCGGUCUUCAGCUGAGGAAGAUAAACCGCCAGAUCAAUGACUUUGUUCCAGUGAGCGAACUACCCUCCAGUGCAAGGAGUAAAACAAGGAAAGAGAAAAACAAGCUUGCUUCAAGAGCAUGUCGUUUGAAAAAGAAAGCGCAACAUGAGGCAAACAAGGUGAAGCUCCAUGGGCUGGAAAUGGAACAUCGCAAGUUGCUGACUGUCAUUCGGGCCAUGAAGCAGAAGAUGAUUGAUCGAUUGAGCUGGAACAGGAAUGAAGCACAGGCAAACAAACUGUCCAUGACCAGCCUGCUUGAUUCACUUAUCCAGCAACAUCUUGAUGUGAUGAUAGCUGGCAACACAACAGAGUAUGUCAACAAGAUCAUCCACAAAGUGGAGGCAGGGGACCAGACAGGCGGCUUACAUAUUCAGGCUACCAGAUCCUACCCAAAGGAACUGCACAACUAGACACACGUUUCCUGAUGAGAACCGAUCAGGACACAAACAACCAAGGCACUUGAAACAGAAUAACAUAAACCACAUUUUGACUAAACAGAUGUUUGUCAGAACAUCAGCUUCUAGUGUUGUCAUACCAGCUGGCAUCAACAUGUUGAGACCCCUGGAUCUAAAACGUGAACCACCGUUCCAAUAUAUGUUUUCCCAAGUUCACUGACACAUCUUCUAUUGCUUAAAUGUACAUCUUUUUUUUAAAUAGUUGUUUGUUCUUGUCUUGACAUUAACAUCUCUUGUAUGGCUAUAUUACACAUAUGGACAAGUAAAUUGAUUUAAAAUGCUUUUAUAUUAAAAUUCAUGACAAAACAUAAAAGAUAAACAUUUCUCUUUCACAAAAGUCAAAACACAUUUUACAUGCUAUAUAAAUAAAAAGAUAUGUUAACCUUUUUGCAAAGUGUAUUUCAUGUGUGGCAUUUGUGAAGUUAUUAAUACUGUUACUUUUCCUAAUGUGAGUAGGUCAGUUAAAUAUAUGUCAAAAAAACUGUCAAAUAACUGUUGACAUGAAGUGUUGACAGUCAGUGAAUAUCAUAAAUCAUUGAAGUAUCAUGUAUAUAAAUAGUGUGGGCCAUUUAAUCACGCAAUAGGUGCACAUUUGACCUAGUUUACCAUCCACAUGCAAUGUAAAUCAGUUUGAACAGCUACCGGUAGUGUCUAGUGAUAUGAUUCAGAGAUAGGCUCUAUCUGUAAAAUAAUUCUUGAUAGGUAACUAAGCAGCAUUUAAUGGUAAAACAAAAAAUAUGCUGUUUUUGCAAGCAAAUGAUGUAUUUGAUUACCUGCAGUUUAAGUUUCUGUUCUUUACAGGAAAGCAAAAUUUUUAUAUAAAAAAGCAAAUAUAAAUGCUGUUUAUAUAAAACAUUGACUAAUUUGUUCACUAUUCACUUUUGCAAUUUUAUGGAUCAAGUGUGCAGCAGGUUUUCAUAACACAAAAAAUGAGUUAAAAUUUAUUAGUUUAAUUUAUUCGUUGAACACCUAAGAACAAUGGCAAUGUCAAUAUUUUGACCAUGGCUGCACAUAUUUAUUGACUAGAUCAGAUCUACCAGGUUGUGUUUGCAAUAAUUGUACGUAAAUUGUAUAUAGAAAAUGAGAAUGUAAAUGUUGCAUUUCUUUCAAAACAUGAUCUCAUUUGUAUUACAUCGUAUGUACAUAUUAUGAAGGAUUUUCUUGUUAAAUGUCAGAUUGUGAGAAAGUUAUACAAAACUAAUGACUAAUGUAUAAUUAAAAUGUACACAAAACUGUAAUAAGAAACACAUAGGGGACUUUGUGAUUGACCAACGUGACAACUUACUGUAUAUAUUCCAUUGGCACUACAUUAUAUACCGUGGGAGAACUGGCACACUUAAUUUCAUUUUCAUAAAUAUUUACCAGCUUACUAAUAAUCAAUGAAAGUAUCCUGCACAUAUCAAAGUCUGAAAGUCAGAAUAGUGACCAUAAUUUUAUAAACGAUAACUGGAAAUAUCACAAAAGAGAAGGAUAAGGGUAUAUUUGACUGAGCAGGCACAGACUGCAUGCAAAGUUCACUUCAUUUGUUGUAUUUUCUUGCUCACCAAUUGGAUAGGGAACCAAUUUAAAGUCUCCUAAUCAGUAAUGAAUUUGUAAUGAGGUAUCCUCAUUUAUUCAUACUGUUGCGAGUCUAAUUUGCCAGUGUUGAUGAAGAAGUAUAGUGAAUUUUAUUUUACGUCUAAUAUCGGAGAUUAUUUUCUGCUUUAUCAUCUUAUCAUUUGAAUUUAUUUGAAAUAAUUGUAAGAAAUUUUUUCUUCUGAGAAAAUGGACCUGAUGUGUUUGGAUAUCAGUGAAAUUGUGUGAAGAUCAAUCAGUUUUACACUGACAUUUAAGAUUUGUUCUUGUUGCUGGCUUAUAUUGUUGUUAUUAGACUGUGUUGAUCUGUGUCAAAAUAGUGGAAGGUUUAUUUUGUUUCUUGAAAGUCUUUUUAAAAAAAUUAUUUGACAAAAUGAUGAUAUUUUUGAUUGCAUUAUUACAGUAAGUGUUGUUUUUGUUACUGUAUGAUAUGUUUAUACAAGUUAUUGUAGAUGUUGGUCUUAAACAAGUUGCUAUUUAUUGUUUUUAUCAGUUUUGAAUGUUGUAUUUUUGUGUUAUAAUUUUUUAUUAUUGGAAGACAUCUACUUUAACAAGACACCUUCAGAAAAAAUCAGGUAACAAUAGUGUGAACAUUGAACAUAACAUGACUCUCAACUUUGGCCAGGCUGACACAGACUGAAUGUUUUUAUAAAGUGACAUUUUCAUAGUUUCCUGAACAAGUAAUUGGUUUUUAAAACAAAACAUUGAUUCAAGAUUCAUUGAUUUUUAACUCGGCGUUUUCGGAGAAAACCCGAGGUAUUGUCAUAGCCAGCUCGCCGUCCGUGUCGUGCUAAAACCUUAACAUUUUAUUAAGGUUUUGAACAUUGGCUCUAAAAUCAGAUUGCUUUCACCUACAACUUUGAAACUUAAUAUGUAGAUGCACCUUGAUGAGUUCUACAUGCCACACCCAUUUUUGGGUCACUAGAUCAAAGGUUAAGGUCACUGUGACCUUUAACAAACAAAAAACAAAACAAAAAUGACAAGCUUUCAUUUAUUCAAAACUGCACCUGUAGCCGAGCGUGGCACCCGUUAUGUGGUGCUCUUGUUUACUAAAUAUUUUUUUCUUAGCCUGACUUUACUAACUGUUAUCGAGGCUUUAAGUAUUGCUUAUUGGAAUUACAUAAAGUGAGGUAUAAAAAUGAGUGAUGGGCCAUUUUACAUAAUUGUUCCAAAUGAUGUUCUGUUUCUUGUUCUGAUUUCAUUAUGUCAUAAAAUAUUAUUAUGUGCUUUCUACCCAUGUUCUAGUUUUUGAUGCUAUAACAAUUGAUAGCUUUGUCAUUGUUGUUGUGAUGUGAUUAAAUAUUUGAUUUUAUUCUUUUCUCUGGGUAAAACGACAAGACCAGCCAUAUAAUGACAAUAAUUCACUGUUUUAAACAAUGAGAAAUAAUGAUAUAAAAAUAUCAAUUUAGUUCACAGUUUAACUUUCAAAUGACAUUGUUUUUCGAAGUCAAACAGUUAGUUUUCCAUCAAAAUUCAUUAGCUGAACUCAUUUAAGAUGCAAAUACUUAAAAAAACAUUAAAUAAAAUGACAAUGUGUUGUUUUUUGUGGUAGAUUAUUGAUUUUGGAUUAACUAUGAUUAUAUAAAAUACAUUUAAAAUUAAAUCAAUAAUCCACCAAAAUCUACAAGUUUCCGUUAUUUAUUUGCAAUAAUGCGAACAUAAAUCUCUGCAAUUAACAUGCCUCAUAUAUUUUGUUGGAAAAAAAGACAUAAUUCCAUGACCAAUCUGUAAGAAGUCUGCAACAAUCAUUAUGUUAUUUCUCUGAAAUAUUUUUGUCACUUUAAGCAUACAAUGAGUCAAUACUUGAUAGCCAAUACUUCAUGGGAAUGUGUUUAUGACUUGGUAUUAAUGUAAAUAAUAGAAUUAUGUUAAAGUACAAUUGUCUAAAACAGAUAUAUUGGAAAAAUUAACAUGCAAGAUUAAAAAUAUUUCUUCUGUUGUUUUAUUUAAAUGUUUUUUUUUAAGUCAAUCUUUAAUGUUAAUCUUAAAUUUUGUUGUUAAAAUGAUAAUGCUAGUGCAAUAAUUGAAUUAUAUUUGUUUGUAUUGAUUAUGUAUUAUUUGGAAAAAGUAACAGGUCAAUUUUACCUUCCAACAAACAUCGGCCACAGGUUCUUCCCAGAAAAAAGACCCUGCAGUGUCACAAUAUGUCUUAAAGUUAUGUUGUAAUCAUGUUUAAAUCAAAAAGUGAAAAUUAAAUAACUUAAGGUAUCUCAAAGCAAGUUUAUGGCAGGCAAGGUUUUUCUGAAGGUUUUUCUGAAAGUAUUUGUUAAGCACUUAAUUGGAUAUACAGCUGUGUUCAAUAGAAGUUUUUGCUAAACUGUUAUGAUUUUUUUUUUGUUGUUGAUAUGCAUGCAGAAGUUAUAAUUAAACAAAUGUCACUUUGUUGAUAUCAAAUUUAUUAAAGGACUGCUUAUAAGUCAAUUAUAAUUGGUUGCUAGCUGAUUUCUGUGUUUGAUUAUUUCUCUAUCGCAAAUUUUAAUUUGCGUUUGAUUUUUGGUAGUUUUAGAAAUAUUUGCCAUA